AUGGAAAAAGGGAAGAAAUUUGUCGGUAAUCGGCAUAAGCUCUUAAAGCAAAAAAAGCAUUUGAAAUUGGCUAUUGAGAAAAUAAAAGCAAAAAAAGGACUUGAUGUUUCUGAACACAGAGGAAUAUAUGAAAAUAACUUGAAAUUAGAUGAAGUGAAUAAUAAACUAGAGACAUUUGAUAUGAUUUUGGCAUCCGACCUUCAACAUUUGGAAGAUAAAGUAAAGGAAAUAGGAAAUAUGCUUUCAUUAACAAUUCUUUUUUCCCAAUUGAGAAUCCAGUAUUUGCUUUAUACCUCAGCAGAGAAUAUAAUUACACCACAGAAUGCCUCAGAUUUGGGCAAAGAGGCCAUUACCGAUUGUUUUAUCCGUGCACAUGCACAAUGCUUAUCAAGAGUGAAGAGAAUAAGGUUGGUUCAGUACAUGGGUCAAACGGCUGGAAACAAUCAGCUUUACCAAGCACUUUAUGAUUUUGAGCCUCAGAAAAGUGGUGAUCUCUCAUUAGUUGCAGGCGAUCUGAUUAAAUUGAUAUCCGCGGAAGGGAACUGGUGGAAGGGAUUACGUAUUAAGGACGGUGUUGUUGGAAAUUUUCCUUCAAAUUAUGUUUUUAAGAAGAGCAUUAUCUAA